AUGCUGGGUGAAUCCGAGUCGACAACCUGCACCGUGUGUUGUUGUACCCUUACAAAUAAGAUACUGAUGGUAGUCUUCAUGGUUUUAUUGAUCUUUGCUAUCCUGUUUGGAAAUUCGGUAACUUUGGCCGUGGUUUUUGGAACUAAACACUUCCAUACCCCACAGGGCUAUUUAAAAGCCUCACUGGCUGUAGCAGACUUGGCAGUCGGCAUUUUUGUAGUACCCCUUUCUGUUUACGCAGAGGUAACACUCAUGUUAAACGGUUCCAUACCAGAGUGGACAACGCGUAACUCGAAAAAUACAACUUUUCACCCCUGUAAUUUCAUCGGUCCUAUGUUUGCUGGGUGCACUCUCGUUUCCAUCACGACAAUUUUCCUUCUGACGGUCGAGAGGAGCAUCGCCGUACUGAAACCACUGCAUAAAGAGUCUGUGAUUACGAGAAAAAGAACAACAAUUCUAAUUGUCCUUUCCUGGGUGGCGAGUUUCUUCUUGGCUGUAUCACCAAUUAUGUUCAGCAAGGAAAUCGCACUGGAGUAUAAUCCUUGCAGUAGAAUGUGCAAUUACGCGCUAGGGGCCACUGAGUUUCCAUCUCAAGCUUGGAACAUUCUCUUACUCUUUCCAGCAUUCGAUUUCACACUUCUUGGAGGAACUAUGGUAAUUAAUGUUAUAUCACUUACCACCAUCCGCCAGCAUUCUAAGAGAAGAAAACAUUUAGCUGAGACUGAUUGUCAAAGCGCAAUGAAACCGACCUUUUCCGACAUCAAGGCUGCAAAGACGAUAGGGACAUUGACAGUAGCUUUCACCGCAUCUUUCACUCCCAUAGCUGUCUUUGUUGUGGGAAACGUUAUUGGAAAUGAAUGGUGCAAUUUUUCAUUUUUUGCCUUUUGGAUAUUAACCACGAAUAGCUGCUGGAAUGUUAUUAUAUACAGCGUUGGAGAUCAGAAGUUCAGACACCGCGCCCACCAACUUUUCAUAUCCUCGCAAACGCAGAAUGCCCCUCAGAACUGA